UUGCUUUUAGUGUUAAGAAAAAAACAGUAGUUUAGAUUCAGAGUACUCAGGCCAACCUCUCCGAGAGCAUAAUGGAGUAAGGAGAGAAAGGGGAAAUGUCAGUGACACUAGCUGCCGUCCCAAUAUUUUUCCACGUCUCUUCAUCUUUCUUCUGUUACUCUUUCUAAGCUACAAUGCCACGUCGAGGCCGUGGCAAGCAACCUCACUCUCGCCCGGACCAGCCGUCUCCGGCCGCUCAUCGAGGCUUUGGAAGAGGCAGUGGUGGAGGAGGAAGUGGCCCGGGUGCUCCUUCAGGCUUCUCUCCAGCUGCUCCACCGACCGCUUUUUUAUCAGUGGCUCCUCCGGCCACUUCUUUUCCGGCAGAUCCUCUUCUGGGAUAUGCUUUUCCGGUCGCACCUUCACCAGUCGCUUCUCAGGCUGGACCUCGUCCGCUAGCUCUAGCUUCUUGGGAUUCUUCUGUGGCGUCGAGCUCGGCUCUGCCACUGGUUUCAGAUUCAACCUCUGCGGCUGCUCUGAGCCAUGAAAUCGACGAGAAACUUACUUUGCAGGUUCCAGCGCCUCUGCAAUUUCCUGUCAUCUUUUCAAAGAGGCCUGGGUACGGAACCAUCGGAAAGAGAAUCGCUGUCCGAGCAAAUCAUUUUCUUGUGGAAGUCGCGGACAGAGAUCUCCAUUACUACGACGUUUCCAUUGAACCUGAGGUUACUUCAAAGAAAAUCAACGGAUUUAUAAUUAGCGAGCUGGUUAAGUUGUACAAAGAGUCACACUUGGGUAACCGAAGUCCUGCAUAUGAUGGGUGGAAGAACCUCUAUACGUCAGGGCCAUUGCCGUUUAUGUCGAUGGACUUUGUUAUCAACUUAAUUGAAAAUGAUGAUCAUCGUGCCUCAUCAUCUGGUUCAAUGAGAAAAGAAUGUCCGUUCAUAGUGACAAUCAAGUUUGCUUCUAAGGCUGACAUUCACCAUCUUCGACAGUUUUUGAGCGGUAGCCAAGUAGAUGCUCCAAUGGAAACCUUACAAGUUCUUAGUGUGGUUCUUCAAGCGGCAUCAUCAGAGAUGUAUAAUGUUGUGGGGAGGUCAUUUUUCCAUCCUCAGUUGGGUCAAGAGGGUGAGCUGGGUAGUGGUAUAGAUUACUGGAGAGGGUAUUAUCAGAGUCUUCGCCCAACCCAAAUGGGACUUUCCCUUAGUAUUGAUGUGUCAGCUAAGCCUUUCUAUGAACCAAUUCUUGUGACAGAGUUUCUUGCAAAACAUUUUAAUUUCAAUUUUUCAAGCCAUCUGUCUGACCAAGAUCGUCUGAAGAUUAAAAAAGUACUGAGAGGAGUCCAAAUAGAGGUUACUCAUAGGAAGUAUUUCAACAGUUACAAAAUCACUGGGGUAACAACACAACCAACUAGCGAGUUAACGUUUACUCUUGACGACAAGAAAAAAAAAAAGUCACUUGCUCAAUAUUUUUGUGAGAAAUAUAAUAUUGUGCUUCAGAACGUGAAUCUGCCUGCCCUUCAAGCUGGGAGUGAUGGAAAACCUAUUUAUUUGCCAAUGGAGCUUUGUAAGAUUGUUGCUGGACAGAGAUACUCCAAGAGAUUAAAUGAAAGACAAGUAAUUAAUCUAUUAAGAGCAAAUUGUCAACGGCCUCAAGAAAGGGAAAAUAGUAUCAAGGAGAUGGUUAGGAAAAAAAAUUUCAAUGGCAGUUCGCUCAUAAAUACAGAGUUCGGAAUUCAAGUAAGGGAUGAACAUUCAUUGGUUGAUGCUCGAGUUUUGCCAUCUCCAAUGCUUUUAUAUCAUAAUACAGGGAGAGAACAAUGGGAACAACCUAGAAUGGGACAGUGGAAUAUGAUAAACAAGAGAAUGAUCAACGGCGGUCGAGUUGAAUUUUGGACAUGUGUGAACUUCUCUAAACGAGUGAAGAUAGAUUUCCCAUUUGAAUUUUGUGACCAAUUGAUCAACAUGUGCAAUAGGAAAGGAAUGGUUUUCAACCCAAAACCUUUGAUUCCCAUACGUUCAGCCUAUUCUAUUCAAGUUGAGAUGCCUCUCAAGGAUAUUCACAAGCAGUGUGUGGCUAAGUUGAAAGAAAUUGGACAAGAAGGAAAACAACUUCAGCUAUUGAUAAUUAUUUUGCCUGACUUCAUUGGGUUGUAUGGAAAAAUUAAACGAGUAUGUGAAACAGAACUGGGAAUCAUUUCUCAGUGUUGUCAGCCCCAUCAAGCAUCAAAGCUUAAUAUGCAAUAUCUGGAAAAUGUGGCCCUCAAAAUCAAUGUGAAGGUUGGGGGACGUAACACUGUGUUAAAUGAUGCUAUUCAAAGAAAUAUUCCUCUUGUGACUGAUCGCCCUACAAUUAUAUUGGGUGCGGAUGUGAUCCAUCCCCAGCCAACAAAUGUCUCUUCUCCUUCAAUAGCAGCGGUAGUGGCUUCCAUGGAUUGGCCUGAGGUCACCAUGUACAGAGGAGUUUUCUCUGCACAGCCUUCUCGUGUUGAAAUUAUCCAAGAUCUCUAUAAAUCAAUUCAGGAUCCUGAAAAGGGCUUAGUUCAUGAAGGAAUGAUUAGGGAACUACUUAUUGCAUUCAGAAGAUCAACUAAUCAUAGACCCCACAGGAUUAUAUACUACAGAGAUGGUGUCGGUGAAGGUCAAUUCAGUCAAGUCCUAUUAUAUGAGAUGGAUGCAAUAAGAAAGGCCUGUCUCUCGCUAGAGGAUGGAUAUCUACCGCUUGUUACUUUUGUCGUGGUGGAAAAAAGACAUCAUACACGGCUUUUUCCUGCGAAUCAUACAAAUCGUGAUCAGACACACCAGAGUGGCAAUAUUCUACCAGGCACUGUUGUCGAUACCCAGAUUUGCCAUCCAACGGGGUUUGACUUUUUCCUCAACAGCCAUGUUGGAACUCAGGGAACUAGUCGGCCUGCAUACUACCGUGUGUUGUAUGAUGAGAACAAAUUCAGUGCAGAUUCCUUACAGAUGUUAACAAACAAUUUAUGUUACACCUAUGCAAGGUGCACUCGAUCAGUUUCAAUAGUUCCUCCUGUGUAUUAUGCCCACUUGGCAGCUGUUCGAGCACAAUAUUACAUUAAGGGUGAGGCAUUAGACAGUGGCUCUACAAGCCGGACCCUUCCCCUGAUCAAGGAUAACGUAAAAGAUGUCAUGUUUUAUUGUUGAAAUGACAUUUUGUUAGAGGAUAAACCUCAGCUCACUCUUCUCCUCCUUUCAUGCUAGACAGCAGCUAAGUUGAUGUAGAUUGGAAUUCAAGGCUUAUCUUAUCUUAUCUUAUCUUA